CUCUAUUCUCGUCUCUCGUCUCUCGUCUCGUCGCUCUCCAGCCCACACAAUUCAACAUCAAUAUCCCACCAUGCUGACUACCCUGCCUUCCGAACUCAUUCUCGCCAUCGCGGACCACCUACCCCCGCACCAUGUCAACAGCCUAGUGCGCACCUGUUCGGGGUUCCAAGCACUGCCAAACACCUACCUUUACCGGCGCGUUGCCCGUGACAGCCUCGCUUCGCGGAAGGCCUUCCUCUGGGCCCUUAACCACUCCAAUGUCCAGACGAUGCAAUCGCUGUUUGACCACGGCGCCCGACUUGCCAAAUUCAAUAGAUCGGAAUGGUCCGUCAACAUGUGGUUGGGCCUGUACUACCGCAGCUCCCCCAUCUUGUAAAUCCUCAUUCGGGCGAUACAGUGCGGGCACGAACCAUCGGUGCGGC